CUGUGAAGCGCAGUAGAGCCAAGAUGGCGGCGGUGGUGGAUAAUGUUGUGAAACUGCUGGGUGAGCAGUAUUACAGGGAUGCUAUGGAGCAGUGUCAUAACUAUAAUGCCCGUCUAUGUGCAGAGAGGAGUGUGAGGUUGCCCUUCCUCGACUCUCAGACAGGUGUCGCCCAGAGCAACUGCUACUUCUGGAUGGAGAAAAGACACAGAGGACCAGGUGUGGCUCCAGGUCAGUUGUACACAUAUCCAGCACGACGCUGGAGAAAAAAAAGAAGAGCUCACCCUCCAGAGGAUCCUCGGUUGGCCUUCCCCUCUCUUAAGUCCGAGCUGGAUCUGGGGCUUAAGAAGGACGGUUUCUCCAGUGAUGGCAGCAGCUUAGAGGCCCUUUUGAAGGGUGAGCCGUUGGAAAAGAGAUCGGGAUUGGAACUCUGCACGGGGGAGGAAGAGCCCAACUCAACAGAAUACUCCGCUGGGGGACUGAACCCCAACGCCAGGGUCCGUAAGAGAAUUUUGGAACCAGAUGAUUUUCUAGAUGAUCUGGAUGAUGAAGAUUAUGAGGAGGAUACUCCGAAAAGACGGGGAAAAGGCAAGGGCAAGGGUCGUGGUGUCAGCAGUGCUCGGAAGAAGUUGGAAGCAGCAGCUGCGUUGGAGGAUCGGGAUAAACCGUACUCUUGUGACAACACUUUCAAACAAAAGCAUAUUUCAAAAUCUUCAGAAAGAGUCUGUGGGAAACGCUACAAAAACAGACCUGGUCUCAGUUAUCAUUAUGCCCACUCUCACUUGGCUGAGGAGGAGGGGGAGGACAAAGAGGUGGAGGACAUUCGUGAACCGACUCCACCUCAACAGGACGAACCCAAGACUCCUAAGAAGGGCCCUGAUGGUUUGGCUCUGCCGAACAACUACUGUGAUUUCUGUUUGGGAGAUUCUAGCAUGAACCAAAAAACUGGCCAAUCAGAGGAGCUUGUGUCCUGUUCAGACUGUGGUCGUUCUGGUCACCCCUCGUGUCUGCAGUUCACUCCAGUGAUGAUGGCUGCAGUGAAAACAUAUCGUUGGCAGUGCAUUGAAUGCAAGUGCUGUAAUAUGUGUGGAACCUCAGAAAAUGAUGACCAGCUGUUGUUCUGUGAUGACUGCGACCGAGGUUACCACAUGUACUGCCUCUCACCCCCUAUGUCUGAACCUCCUGAAGGAAGUUGGAGUUGCCAUCUAUGUUUGGCCCUCCUGAAAGAGAAAGCCUCCAUAUACCAGAAUCAGAAUGCCCCCCCUUCAUGAUGGUUCCUUUGGAUACUCAAAGUUCCCUCCUAGAGUUGUUCAAAUGAGCACACUGAAGGGGUUGCACAAAAGUUGUAGUGGAGCAAAAAAAGGGAUGAGCACCUCGCCUAGCACCGUAGUGACAAAUGGAGGGAGAGAAAGAGAGAGAGAAUGAGAAUAAGACGGAGGGCAUUAUUCUCUUCCCUUUUCCUCUCUCGCAUCUCAGCAGGUUUGAUCUCAGUAUGACUGUUACACAGUUUCAAGUUUCAAACUACCCCGCUCUUUGUUUUCAACUAUUUGCCCUCCCAAAAUACCUCUGUGCCAAAUGACACAGCCAAUAAGAAAUUCUUCUCACCUUUUUAGCAGUACAUAAUUCUAGGAUGUCACUAUGAGAAUAUAUGACUCUGUUUUUGAGUUCCUGCUCAUGUUAGACCUGAAUUAUUCCACCUGUUUCCACAGACACAGUUCAAUAGAAAACUAAUUAUAAACCACAGCUAAAAUCAGCCAAAAUUAAGAUUGCGCACAGCCAUAUCCGAAUUGCUUAGUGUACUGACACUGCUUCUCACAGAGAGAAAUAGUUGAAACCAAUUAGCAUGCCAAUGCUUGUUCAUAAUAAGCGAAAUAGGAAAAAAACAAAAAACAAAUGUUUUUUUGUAUAUUUAUAUAUUUGUAUAGCUUAUAAAUGUGUGUUGUAUAUUUAAGACCUUAAAAAUAGAAAUGGUUCAUUAUAACAAUGGUAUUUGCUUGGGGAUUUCUAGGGAUACUUGAUGAUAGCGUGUGUAAGUAUUAUCUGCAUACUGAAUGCAAUUGAAGCACAGAAUCUUGCAGUCAGUGUGUGAGUUCUUUAGUAACUAAUUGGUUAAUGGUGCAGAUUAGCAUAGUCAUAUUACAUCUAUUUUUGUGGUUUUCCUUUAUUUUUGCUUUUAAUUAUGUUGGUUUAAAUUUAGUGAAGGACAGUACGUAUGUGUCAGGUAAAGCAAUGAGGAAGAGAGGGCAUCCAAGCAGGUCCCAGUUUAAAAUAAACCUCCAGAAACAGUAAUAAUUGUUAGCAAUUAAUUGUGCCGACACCACAGUGAGUGUUCAUAGUCAGAUUGUCCACCAAGAAUGUUCCUACCAAGGAACUCUUCUGAAUGGUUUGUUGUGGAGUUCAGGCUUUAAGAAAAAAUUGGAAUAGUGUAAGGAAUUAUGUGGACAAACAACUUCAAUGCCAUACUUCUCAUGUUUACUGAGGACAUAAUUUCCAUUUAUACAGCCAUAUAUUUCCACUCAUAUUUAUGCAUUUACCAAACUCAAUUCUGUAAAUUGCAAAUUACAAAUUUCUGGAGAAUAGUGAGCAAAAGUAGAGUAAAUGAUCCACUAAUGAAAUGGUACAUGAAGUUUUAAUUAAUACUCAAACCACCUUUGAAUUGAGUUAGCAGAAUGGCAGAAUUGGGAGAGUUAAAUGCUUAGUAAGCUGGUAAAUUCAAUUCAGCUUGAUUGAACUGGUAGGCUACUGAGUUUUACAAUUUGAGGUCUGGAUAUGUGUCUUAAUCAGACAUGUGCCAUUUAAUGUGUUUCUGCAAUUUAUGAAAACUGAAUUAUAAUUGAUCAAAUAUGAAUGUUGUCAUCCCUUAACUUAAAGGACUGAAAGUACAGAAACUUCUCUAGUAAAGAUAAAGAGGAGCUGUGUGAACAAGGGUAUUCAGCGCAGUGACCCAGUGCAAAGCUCAAUACAACACAGAUGAGCAAGUUUGGUAUGUGCUUAAUUUAGCAUAGCAAAGUUUGAAAAACGUUCUUAGUUUAAAAAAGUAAGCUAAAGUAAAUUCUUCUUCAAAUCUUCCCUUCUUUCCUGUCGUCCAUUGCCAUUUACCUUUGCAAACUAGCCAAAAUUUUAUUUUUGUGUAAAGGUUCAACUGCAGACAUCCAUAAAGGGAGUUAGGCUUAUAUCAGAUACUGGUAAUACAUUAAUUACUGCUCAUGACACCCAUAACAUGUACAGUAUUUUAUCAUUUAUUAUUUUGCAUUCUCAGUUCAGUUACUGCAUGUUUACCUUACAUUGUCAUUUAUUCAUAACACUGUUUAGCUUACAUUCAUUCUCUUGUACUCUCUCAGUACCGGUAUAAUAAAGGAUUACAGAAAAUGUUAUAAUUUAUCAUCAUAAUAUCAGGAAGCUAACUAUUAUUAAUUGAAUUAAGAAAUGCAACAAUUAACUUCUGGAUUUUUUCUAGAGAUUAAAUAGUUUAUUUUGAGAGAAAGUGGCCAUUUAUUGAAUAUGUUUCUUAUUUGUAAUUUGAUUUUCUGUUUGCUUUAUUUCAAAAGGACUGUAUUUGUCUGGUUGUUUAUUGGGGGAAUUUAUUCGGAUUCAUGAAUUAUUUUGGUGUAUGGUACACUUUUUUUUUCCAAGAAAAAAUAAAACGACCAUAACUUUUGUGUUUACAGUA